GCAUCCUGUUGCUUGCGAAAAUUGCUGAAAAAGUUUCUUCGAAUUUAAGAAUUUAUGGAAUACAAGUAAAAUGCUAGUAUAGUUCAUUUUUAACAGAUGCCGCACAUCUGAGAUAUCUGAUGCAAUCUUUCCGGCUUCUCGCUGCUUCGACGUUCCGCCGUGAGAAGCUGUGGGCGCGCGCCCCGUGGCCCCAUCGUUCCUGUUCGUCUGCCCGUCGUCUGCCGUUCGCGAGUGGGACGUCCGAGUGUGUGUGCACGCUUCGCCUGCCUGAGGAUGGCCGUGAUGCUGUCCAAUUGUUCGCGAUUCGCGCCUCGCGUAAUCACGCGGAGUAGCGUGUUCCGGACCGAGGUCGCGAGAUCGUUGUGUAGUCAAGGGCGCACUUUUAUCCCUGUUUGCAUUAUCCAUACCGAACGUGUGCCCAGUGCCAAAGCACUGUUAUGUACAAAGUACAAAGUAAACCACUAUUGGAUAAAUCAAGCGAGACAUAUACAUGCAACUUCAGCACUAUGGGAGAUCAGGGAAGUUGUAGUUCCUCCGUUUGCCGAAAGUGUAAGCGAGGGCGACGUGAGGUGGGAGAAAAAGGUCGGUGAUCAGGUGAAGGAAGACGAUGUCCUAUGUGAGAUUGAAACGGACAAGACUUCUGUUCCUGUACCGUCACCUGGACCCGGCGUCAUAAAGGAGCUGUUCGUUAAGGAUGGUGAUACCGUAAAGCCGGGACAGAAGUUGUGCACCAUCGACAUCGGUGCAACCGGCGGUGCUGCGGCCGCACCUGCGGAGAAAACGCCGCAACCUUCUGCGGCCGCGCCGGCAAAAGAAUCAAAACCUGUCGCAACGCCACCUCCUCCGACACCAUCAAGUGCAGCACCUCCAGUGUCGAGACCCGCAGCGCCAAUCCCACCUCCCGCCGCUGAACCACCACCUCCUCAAGCGCCUACUGCAUCUAUGCCAGUUGCAGCUAUUAAACAUGCCCAGUCGUUGGAAGGCGCAAAAGUUCAGCUACCUCCCGCUGAUUACACGCGCGAAAUAAUCGGUACCAGGACAGAGCAACGAGUAAAAAUGAAUAGAAUGCGUCUACGUAUUGCGGAACGUUUGAAGGACGCGCAGAAUACAAACGCUAUGCUGACCACGUUCAACGAAAUUGACAUGAGUCGCAUUAUUGAGUUCAGGAAGACACAUCAAGAAUCGUUCACGAAAAAGUAUGGCAUCAAACUCGGGUUCAUGAGUCCAUUCGUCGCGGCAAGUGCCUAUGCUUUAAAAGACCAACCUGUCGUGAACGCUGUGAUAGACGGCACCGACAUAGUAUAUAGAGAUUACGUAGAUAUUAGUGUGGCAGUCGCAACACCGAAGGGACUCGUCGUACCCGUACUUCGCAGCAUAGAGAACAAAAAUUUCGCCGAAAUCGAAAUCGCUUUGGCUGCUCUGGGUGAAAAGGCUAGAAAAGGGAAGAUCACCGUCGAGGAUAUGGAUGGCGGUACUUUCACGAUAAGCAACGGUGGCGUUUUUGGCUCGUUACUGGGAACUCCCAUUAUCAAUCCACCGCAGAGCGCGAUUCUUGGCAUGCACGCUGUCUUUGACAGACCGAUUGCUGUUAAGGGAGAGGUUAAAAUUCGGCCGAUGAUGUAUGUAGCUUUGACGUAUGAUCAUCGGCUGAUUGACGGACGUGAGGCUGUGAUGUUCCUAAGGAAGAUCAAAGAUGCUGUGGAAGAUCCUAGAAUUAUUUUGGCUGGCCUUUAAUAACUUGCAACACAUUUAUCGUGCGUGUUAACGAUGCGGUUGAUUACUAUUGGAUAAACAAGAAUGCGACGCGAGAAUCUGGAAUAUCGACAGGGAGUCUUCCCGCUUCUAGAAAUCUCUAAUCAUUGGAACGUCCUCUCUAAGGAACGUCUCUCGAUAUCUUAUUUUGAAUACCAUUACUCUCCAAGCCACACGUGGGACGAUGACAGGUGCAGUCGUAAAUAAUGAUAAGCUUGUGCGAACUAGUCUUGUCUAUUAUUUUGAAUUCAUGCAACGAGAAUAUUGUAAAGCGAAUUCACUUCGCUCGUUACAGUCUGUAUAUCGCUGGUCGACAUAACUUUUGUUAUUGGAAUUUUUCAACACACUAUCGGCAAUCUGAGUGAAUGCCGAACCGAUAAUUGCAUUCUUGCGAGUAUUCAUAUUUCUGUUGCCAUACCGCUGUCGAUCGGUGUUGAAAGGUGGAGCGCAGAGAAGUUGGGGGAGCCAAGAAAGGGCUAGAUGGUACUUAUCCUAAGUACUCUAGAUGUAGCUACAUAAUAAGCUAAAAUAAAAUCUCACCAAUCUAAGUCUUUUUAGCGUUGUUGAAUUGUGCGUCACAUUGCCGCCGUAGGAUAAGUAAUGUGAUUUGAUAAAUAUUUAAAUACCGUGGAAGUGAUAUUACUGUUUGCACUUGUACGUUAUGUAUCAAGCAUCUCGGGGGAGAGAUUUGUUGCACGUGAGGAAUUUUGCACUCUCAAAGAAAAAUGGGUCAUUCGUGAUCUUGUAAAUCAAAAGUUGUUUAUUAAAUAAAAAAAAAAAAA